CCCUCAGGCGGAGCCCUCGGCGUCAUGGAGGGGCUGGUUCUAGGCCUGUGGGCGUUACUGGUGUCUGCGGAGUUUGGUGGAGGCGCGACAGAGCCAGGUGUGAACCUGAGCUGCUACCAGUGCUUCAAAGUCUCCAGCCAGGCGUUGUGCAAACCCGCCGCGUGCUACUCCACGGACCGGGUCUGCGUCUCGAACGCCGCGAUCGUCACCAUAGGUGAGGUGAGAUUUCUGCUCAGCAAGCGCUGUGCCCCCCGGUGCCCCAACGCCAACGUGAAGUAUGAGUGGUUGUCGGGAUCCGGGGUCCUCAACAGCCUCAUCCGACAGUGUUGCUCCGGAAACCUCUGCAACAGGGCACCCGCUGCACGGGGCAGUCCCUGGGCCCUCCAGAGGGGCUUCCUGCUCCGCGUGGGCCUCAGCCUCCUCUGGGCCCUGCUGUGAGCACGUUCUCUCCACCCUGCAGGCCCACCCUGUCCUCCCGCCUCCCGCCUCUGCCCUGUACCAUCCGCUUCGAGACACCAGGUGGGACAUUCCCUCUCUGAGGGCAUGGGAAGGGUGCAGUCACCUCCACCCUGGACCUGGCCGCCUCUCUGGUCUUUGGCCAUGGCCCUUUACUCACACAGCCCGAGCUGUAGCUGAGGCUACAGGCUCCCCUGGGAGGAGACAGGUAUCUCCCCAUUUGGGGUGACAACUCCCUGCAUAAGGUUCCUUGCCCUGAAAGGACUGUCCAGGGCCCUGUGAGGGGCAGGAAGAGCCUGGGCAAGGCCAGAGAGUGGCUCUCGCCCUGGCUCUGGCUCCAACUUGCUCUGUGGCCUUGGCCAGCUGCCUCCCCUGUCUCAGCCACCUCUGUCCAAGGGGGCCCAGGCAGAGUCAUGCUGCCGGUGUCCACCAGUGUGUUGAGACCACAGCCCUCACUCCUUUCAGAGACAAUAAACUCUUUGCCCCACCUCCCUCCUGCUCCUUCCUCCGUCUCCACUCGCCGCGCCCAGACCACGUCCCCCAGGCCCAGCUCUCAGCAGACUCGGUGGUUGUGUGCCAUCAGACCCGGACAAAACUGUCCAGCCGAGCACGGGGACGGCCCCUGCAUCCUGGGCCCAGCACGGGGUAAGCAGGAGUCCAGGCUCAAGUCCAGAUCCAAGGCAGGGACA